AUGGGUAUCAAAGGCCUCACAGGGCUCCUCUCCCAACAUGCGCCCAAAGCCAUAAAAGAAAUUAAAACACUCUUCGGACGCAAAGUCGCCAUCGACGCCUCCAUGUCCAUCUACCAAUUCCUCAUCGCCGUGAGACAGAAGGACGGCGAGCUCCUCACGAACGAUGCGGGUGAAACGACGAGAUAUCUCAUGGGCUUGUUUUACCGCACGCUUCGAAUUGUGGAGAAUGGGAUCAAGCCUGCGUAUAUCUUCGAUGGGAAGCCGCCAGAGUUGAAGAAGGGUGUGCUGUCGAAACGGCUUGAGAGGAGGGAGGAAGCCAAGGAGGAGGGAGAGGAGGCGAAGGAGACUGGAACUGUUGAGGAUGUGGAUAGGUUUUCACGGCGGACUGUUAAAGUCACCCGAGAGCAUAACCAGGAGUGUCAACGGCUUCUAAGGCUCAUGGGGAUCCCCGUUGUUAUUGCACCCUCAGAAGCAGAAGCACAAUGCGCUGAGCUGGCGCGGGGAGGGAAGGUAUACAUUGCGCUCUACUACGCUGCAGGCUCAGAAGAUAUGGACACGCUCACCUUCAACGCGCCCAUCCUGUUCCGACAUUUAACUUUCUCAGAGGCGAAGAAGCAGCCUAUCAGCGAGAUAAACCUCAAGGAGGCCCUCGAAGGGCCUCUCUAUUCGUUUCCCACCUUUAUCGACCUCUGUAUCCUCCUUGGAUGCGACUACCUAGAGCCCAUCAAAGGCGUCGGUCCGAAAUCCGCACUUAAGCUGAUACGUGAGUAUGGAGGACUGAAAGGCGUCGUGAAGCACUUGAGAGAAAAAGCCGCCACACAAAAAGCAGCUCAGGCUGCCGUCGAGUCAGACGAAGAGUCCGAGCAUGAAGAGGAAGACGAGCCAGCGCCAACGUCCGACGUGGAGAUGCCUGACCCGGUCGAAGAAGAUCAAGACGGGGAAGAGGAAGCAGAACCAAAAUCAUCCCAGGCCACGCCAAAGAAGAAGAAAGCUAGCUCCAAGACGAAGGAGAAGAGAAAGGGGAAGGGCGGUGGUGGAAUGCAGAUUCCGGAAGAGUGGCCUUGGGAAGAGGCCAAGAAGAUUUUUAAGAGGCCUUCGCACGUUCACCGAGAUCUGGAAUGGACCAAUCCCGACGUUGACGGCCUCGUCCAGUUCCUUGUUAACGAAAAGGGGUUCAAUGAAGAUCGUGUGCGCAAGGGCGCUGAGAAACUUCAAAAGUUCCUUAACAGUAAACAGCAAGGACGGCUCGACGGCUUUUUUAGUGUAAAGCCGAAGGAGAAGGCAGCAGCGCCGGCCCCAGUUGGGAAGGCGAAGGGGAAAGGGAAGAUUGAUGCGAAGGCGAAGGGGACGAAGCGGAAGGUCGAUGAGAAGGCGGAGAGUAGCGCUGGUAAGAAACCAAGGAAGAAAUAGGCGUCACCUACUGUUCCUUUCCCGUCCGACUUGUUUGGGUUUCGGUAUUUUUAUUUCCUUGUCGGCUUUGUAUAUCUCUUGCAGUUUAUUUUUUGCAGUUGCUAUUCAUCUUCUUGCGCAGGCUCCUAAAA